AAGAAAAAAACAGCAAUAAUAUUAUCAUAUUAAAAUGUCUAAAAACUUUAAUGUUCCACCUCCAGAGACUAAAUAUUGUAUAUUAACAUUUCCAUCACCACGAAUAUUACUAAUAACAAUUAAUCGUCCAAAACAACUUAAUGCACUUAACCUUCCUGCACAUUUUGAAUUAGAUGGAGUAUUUAAUUGGUAUAAUAAAGAACCAGAAUUAUGGGUUGCUAUUAUUACUGGAGUGGGAAACAAAGCAUUUUGUGUUGGACAAGAUUUGAAAAGUGAAUUUACAUCAAAUGAGAAGGGAUCAUCGUCUAAUGAUGAUGAUUCAAUAUUAAAGAAUUUUCCUAAAAGUGGAUUUGGUGGAAUAAGUAGAAGAGUUGAUAGUUUAAAACCUGUAAUUGCUGCUGUUAAUGGUUUCGCUAUUGGUGGUGGGAUGGAAAUCACUUUAGCAUGUGAUAUUGUUGUUGCAGCAAAAAAUUCCAUAUUUUCUUUACCUGAAGUAAAAAGAGGUAUUGUCGCUGUUAAUGGUGGAUUGACAAGAUUAGUUAGAUUCAUUGGAUAUCAGAGAACAUGCGAACUGGCUUUUACGGGCCGAAAUAUUUCAGCCGAAGAAUGUAAAGAAAUUGGUCUUGUUAAUAAAAUAGUACCAACUUAUAAGGAUGUUGUACCGGCUGCUCUUAAAAUUGCCUCAGAAAUAAUUGAAAAUUCUCCUGAUGCCAUUAAAUUUUCAAAACAAGGAAUACUUUAUUCACUAGAAUCUCCUUCUUUAACUGAAGCCGAAAGAAAACAUCUUACUUCUGAUAUUGCUAAAAAAUUUUAUAAUCAAGAUAAUUUUAAAGAAGGUAUGUUAUCUUUUAAAGAAAAGAGGAGUCCUAAAUGGAAAAAUUCUAAAUUAUAAAAAUUAUAAAACCUCAUAUUAAAUUAAUUGUAUCAUUACCCAU